GUGGCCGGUGCGUGUAAGUGGCGGUCGGGUGGAGCUUAAUGUCCCAUGGGCGGAGGAACAAGUCUGCAAUUGACGAAAAGCGCCAUUGAGUUAUCCACACGCUCUUUGUGGUUUUGUCGGCGGGAUGGAGGCAACGGUUGGGAAGUCCGCCAUCGUGGAGCGCAAGAGGAACCUCGCAAACAGCGACGUGGGGUUGAAGAGGCUGCCCACCAGCCCCUCGGGUCACUGGCCUUGCACGCCGCCUCCCUACCAGCUGGGCUCCCUGGUAGUACCACACGAGGGCUGGCACCACGACCGGAACGAACAUUUAAUUCUUGACGAAGUGGAACUUUUGGACGUGGAGAUUAUUGGCUUCUCUGAUAAUGAAACGUGGUUGUACGUGCCCCCCAAAGCCAACCAAUCGACUGCAGCGAACCCUCUAAUGGCGUUAAAAUGGUGCCGGCACAUUCUGGAGGCUCCUGAGUGGAAGGUAGCGAGGCGUUCCAUGUGCCUCCAACUGGAGUCAGCUUCCUGUUGGCGUAGAUUACUGAUCAGUCCCCGGGCCGCCUCGACUCCACGACCUCCAAGCAAAGUUGGUGUCGUGUCCCCCAUCGGCACUCCGCCAUCCGGCACAGCCCGCUCUCGACCCCCAUUGUCUGAGACGCCUGUGUCCUCUCGGCCUCACUCUCAGAGUCCCAUCGGGAGGGCAAGGAGUCCCACCUUCAUCCCCCACCCGACCCGGGGCAACACACUGCGCGGCUGUAUCCCUCGGCCCCGUGUGGACUCUGACAUCAUUUCUCCUGGUGUAGAUGAGGAUGACGUUGUCCCUCACGGCUACAAACUGCAGGAUCUGACUGACGUGCAGGUGGUGGCACGCCUGCAGGAAGAAAAACUCAGACAGGAUUGCGCCAGCACUUCAUCCGUCUUGGCCAUGCGACGGAGCCUGAGCGUCACCUUCCCCCUCAGCGCUCCCCACGACCUGGAGGAAGAAAAUGUGGGCGGCGGAGAUUCCGCCCUUGCGCCGCCCGGGUGCCACCUCUGUCUACUGCCGCUCACCCGCACCUUUUCCAGUGCCAGAGAUUUGCAAAGCAGCAGCAGCUUCCUGUCCUUACAUCCCCCCACCUCUCCUCUCCCCUCUGCAGAGCCAAUGCGAGUAUCUUUCAAACUAGGAAGAGAUAAGAUGCAGAGGAGCCUGCCCAACAUUUCCCAAGUUCCCAGUGUUGCCAGCGCUUCUUUUCUUCAUACCAGCCAGAGCUUUGAUUCUCCAGGCUGGUUGACCCGGCUCCAGUCCUCCAUAUCUAUCCCAGGAGCCGUCCCAAUCCAGCGGAGCACUAGAGUCCAGAGUACGGGGAGUGUUUCGUCACUGUCACUCCAAUCCCUGAAAGCCGCUGCCUACGUCGGCCCGGCCGUCAGGAAUUCAGCAUGCGUGCUUUCCCCACGGUUGCUGGGCAGCAGGAUCCCGGUGCUCAGUAAACCCUCCUCCCUGUGUCUGUCAAGUCUCAGCCCACACUGGCUCACCUUCAACGGUACCCCAAGACCCAUCGCCAGCUGCAAGGUGGCCCAACCACGGCACGGGUAUAGAAAUAUGGUGCGGUUGUUUUCCACGUGACAUUGAAAUUGCACUUGUGAUGUUGCGUGCGACUGCGACGUUGUCCUGCUUGUAGAUUUUUGACGCUGCCAAAGUCUUUAUGAGCCUGCCUGAAGGGACAACGGCCACCGGUAGCAGCCUGUAUCUUAGGCUAUCCCAGCUUUUAAGUUGUGCGUCAAGUGUUUAUUUUAAUGUGAUUUCAGCCUGCAUCUCGGGAGAGUUGUCACUGCUGCUUCUAUGCAACAAACACUUUUAAAAUUAGUUUGGCUAUUUAUAGAUGUCAAAGUGUGAUUAAUCAAUUUUUACCGAUUUGGUAACGUGCCAAUAAUGCUCCUAAAAUCCAAUGUCUUCAGUCUGUGGGCACUUUAUGUAUUUAGGUAUAACUAGUUCAUAUGUAUUGGUGUUAUACAUGUUUUUAAAUAUACUUUUCUCAAUGCAGUUUGAUUUAAGAAAACACUACACAAAAUACGAAGUUGGUUUGUUCACUAACUACAAUUCAGAAUAUGUUUUCACCCUAAAUGUCACAGUAGAUGUACAAUAUAAAGUAGCACUCUUUGUUUCUGGUUGUUGUGGCACAAUUUAAUGUUUUGAUGAUGGACUAAAUGAGUGAAGAUUUUCAAUAAAAUAUACUGAUUACGA